AUGCAUGCCCGGCACGCGCGCGUGCAUCGCAGGGCCGACGGCCUAUUCGGUUUCGGUAACAUCGCUCAUGAGAUUCAAGGAUCCGACACCAAGAAGCGCCAUGUAGAGAAGAGGGAACCACAGGUCAUCAAGACGGUCUUUAAGACCCUGGAACCCACUUUUGAAGGCGAGGUUGGCGGCUAUAAGACGGUCGGUGAUGAACCUGAGCCAACCAAGGCCCAAAACAGGGCACCUGUGAUUACCCACAACGCUCAAAAGGAGGCCGACAGGGACGAAGACGAGGACGACGAGGAUCAGACCGAGAAGCAAAAGGAAGCGGCUGAAAAGAAGAAGGAGCAGGAAGAAGCCAAGGAAAAGGCCGCGGAAGAGGCUGCAGAGAAGAAGGCGGCUCAAGAAGAAGCGGCCAAGGAGAAGGCGGCUGAAGAAGCCGCUGAGAAGAAGAAGGCACAGGAGGAAGCCAAAGAGAAGGCAGCAGAGGAAUCAGCAAAGGAAAAGGCGGCUGAAGAGGCAAAGACCCGCAACAAGAGCAAGGAUGAGGACGACGGGGACGAGACCGCGACCGAGAAGGCCACAACGACCAAGCCCACAAGGACUCGAGUCCUCACCACCAGCGAGAACCACUCAUCCGUUCCCACCGUCAUUAGCGAGCCUACGGAAAGCUCGAUUGAAUCUGUCCUUGCCAAGGCCACUGGCGAUGUUUCCGGUACGGCCGCCGUUGGUGCUGCCGAAGAUAUCAGCGGAUCCUCGACUAUUUCCAGUUCCAGCGCCACGGCAGAAGCCUCCACAUCGGGCGGUACCAGUGCCGGAGCCAAGGCUGGCAUUGCGUUUGGUGUUUUGGGUGGACUUCUUGCAGUUGCCUUGAUCGUCUUCUUCAUCUUCAACAGGCGCCGCAAGCAGGCUGAGAUGCAGCGACUGGAAAAUGACGACGAGAAGCUGAACGGCCCAAUUGGAGGUGGAAUGGGCGGAAUGACUGGCCCCAUGCGUUCUGUCACCCCUGAGGCCCCUGAUGUUGUCGAGACUGCUUCUGUUCGCACUGACGCAAAGGCUCCUCGUGUGAGCCUCCGACCUGUUACCCAGUUCCUCCCCAACUGGAACGGUCUCGAUAAUCAGAAGCGCACAAGCAAGGGCGCUGCCAUGGCCCUUGCUGUCCCUGCCUCUACUUCCGCCGCCGCCGCUGGACCUCUGUCUCCACGAACCCCUGGAGGCAGUGCCUGGGAGCGUCCUUCAACUGCUCAGAGCACCGAUCCCGCCAACCCAUUCGGCCACCAAGCUGAGCGUGUUCCUUCUCCUGUCCAGGAGGAGAGCAUCCAGUCCCGCGGUGCUCCUAGCCCGAUUCCCGAGCACUCUACUCCUGUUGCUGCUGCCUCGGCUGGAUCUGUCUCUCCUCAAUCGCCUUCAUCGCCCGUCAACGAUCCCCUCACGGCUAAUGGACCUCCUAUUUCUGUUGGCGCCCCUGCUGGAGCUGCUGCUGCUGCUGGAGCCGGAGCUGGCGUGCUGGCCCGUAAGACGUCGAUGCGCAACAACGGUCCCCCGCAGCUUGAUCUCACUAUCCCUCCCGGUCCUAACCAUUCUCUGGCCGCAAUCCCUGCUAGCCCAGCUGGUACCGAAUUUAGCACUGCCUCUGCUGCCCCUGGUACUCCUGAUGGCUCAAGCGGCGCCGCCGCUAUUGCGGCUGCUGGAGGUCCUGCCAACUCGGCUGUCCACCGUGUCCAACUUGACUUCAAGCCCACUCUUGAUGAUGAGCUGGAACUGAAGGCGGGUGAUCUUGUGCGACUUCUCCACGAGUAUGAUGAUGGCUGGGCGCUCUGCAUCCGACUUGACCGCUCUCGCCAGGGUGUCGUGCCGCGCACUUGUCUGUCUACUCGCCCUGUCAAGCCUCGUCCCGCCCAAGCUGGUCCUCGCCCCGGACCUCCUGUGAAACCCGUUGGUGCUCCCCGAGGACCUGGACCUAACCACCCCCAGGGACAGCGUCCUAUGACCCCCCAGGGCAACUUUGGCCCAGGUCGCCCUGCCUCGCCCGCUGGCCGUCCCAUGACACCCAACGGCACCCGUCCUCAGUCCCCCAUGGGACCUCCCAUGGGACCCCACGGCCGUCCUGCUGGCCCGAUGAGCCCCGGUCCUCGUACUCAGUCGCCGGGACCUUUCCAAGGACCUCCUGGACCCCGAUCUCAGUCCCCAGGCCCCCGCCAGGGACCUCCUAACCGAGCCAUGAGCCCUGGCCCUCGCUCACAGUCGCCAGGACCUGCUGGUGGUCGUUCCCAAAGCCCCAGUGGAAUGAACCGACGAAACAGCCCCCCUGGGCCCAGCCCCAUGAACCCUUCGCAAGCACCUCGCCCAGCUCCCUCCACCGGGUCUGUUAACAGGAAGCCCGUGCCCGGCCAGGCAUAUUGA